AUGAAAUAGGAAGAGCAUAAAUGGAAUGAAAAAUUAUGGAAACCUAUAAUCAGGCCUCAAAGAUAUUCCUAUUAACUUAGUGGCCUUGGAAGUGAAUCUUUUAUGGUUCAAGGUAUUAUAGUAAAAAGAUUUGACUUUACAAUAAAAAAUAAUCGUAAUCUCAUAUUGCAAUGCAGGUUAUAUUUAGAAAUAUAUUAGUUUAUUUGAACCAAUUAAAUUAAUGGAUAAGCCACAUCCUUGCAUCAUAUAUCUUCAUGGAAAUUCAGGAAGUAGAAUAGAAUCGCAUUCAAUUAUUGAUUAUGUGAUUCCAUCCUAUAUUUCAGUAUGUGGAAUUGAUUUAUCUGGUAUAUAAUUACUAUAAUAAAUAAGGAUCUGGAUAAUCAUAAGGAGAAUAUAUAUCCUUGGGUUAUUGGGAAUCUUAAGAUGUUUAGUGUCUGUAUAAUUAUUUGAGAGAAGAAAAAGUAUUCAUGUUAUCGACUAAAAAUGAGUAAUAUAACAUCAAUUGGAUUGUGG